AUGCGCGCCUCCAGAGUAUCGCGAGAAGCAGCCAGGCUUGCAGAGGCCCUGGCUGCGCGUCAGACGAGGUCGGUCGCGGUCAAGAGAGAGGACAGAGACCGCCGUAUAAAGGAAGACAUCAACGUCAAAGAAGAAGUCAAAGAAGAGGUCAAAGAGGUCAAAGGGGUCAAAGAAGAGACUGAAGAGACAAAAGAAGUCAAAGAAGUGAAAGACGACAGCUCAGGGCUGUCGUCCGCGAAUACAACCGACAUCGAAGACCUGUUGACUACGACGAAGAAGCGAAAGCGAGAACGGAAGCCGACUACACCUACGACAAAGAGCAGACCCCCUCGCAAAGUCCUCGUCAAGGAGGAACAGAAACAUGAAGAGAAGAAACCGGCUGGUCGAAAGCUGCCUGCGCGCAAAACUACCACCCCCAAUGGCGAGGUCGUGAUAGCUCCCCCGUCCAACUGGGAGACCAUCUACGAUACAGUCAAACGCAUGAGAGAACGCGACCCGACCGCCCCCGUCGACACGAUGGGAUGCGCAGAGCUAUACUGGCGCUCAUCCUCACCCCGAGACAGACGGUUCCAGACCCUGAUAGCACUCAUGCUCUCCUCCCAGACCAAAGACACCGUCACCGCAGUCGCCAUGCAGAGACUCCAUACCCAGCUCUCAGACGAGACCUCCAACACUCCCAUAGCCGAAGUAUGGGACCACGAACACCAGACAGCACCCAGCACGCUGACCCUUGAACGCGUCCUCGCUGUCUCCCACACCCGCCUAAACGAACUGAUAGGGACAGUAGGCUUCCACAACAACAAGACCAAAUACAUCAAAGCCACGGCCGAGAUACUACGAGACGAAUUCGACUCCGACAUACCCUCUACCAUCCAGGGAUUGACCAGGUUACCUGGCGUGGGGCCCAAGAUGGCAUAUCUCUGCAUGAGCUCCGCAUGGAACAGACACGAAGGCAUCGGCGUCGACGUCCAUGUUCAUCGUAUCACGAACAUGUGGGGGUGGAACAAGACGAAGACGCCAGAAGCUACUCGUGCGGCGCUCGAGAGCUGGUUGCCCAAGGAUAAAUGGCAUGAGAUUAAUAAGUUGCUUGUCGGGCUGGGACAGACGGUGUGUUUGCCUGUUGGGGAGGUCAGGGGGAAGGGGAAGAGAGUUAGGAAGAUGGAUGAAGAGGAUGAUGUUAAAUUCCCUGUUGUCAAGGGAGAGAGUCUGAUCAAGGAAGAAAGUCGUAUCAAGGAUGAAAGUCGUAUCAAGGAUGAAAGUCGGAUCAAGGAUGAAAGUCGGAUCAAGGGAGAGGUUGAUGUCAAGAGAGAGAGUAAGAUCGGUAUCAAGCUUGAGCCCAUCGAUGACCCCGCCACGAUGCCAUCCAUUUCGAUCUCCCGAUUUGCGCAAAUGCAACAGCGUCUCCUCCUAGCAGAACAUGAAGACGAGAUAUCUUCCUCCCCUCUAUCCUCCUCCAGCUCCGGUUCCACGCCCGCAUCCGCCUCGACGCGCCGUGCACUACAAAAUGCCGGCCGCGCACUUACGGGAAUGGUACUCACAAACUGCCGAACAGGCAUGGGCGGACGAGAAGUGGGAGAAUUCGGAAUUGAUACCGCGUUAUCCGGACCCAGUGGAAAGGGGAAAGGUAGUGGUAAGGGAAACGAGCAGAGUGGUGAAGAUAAUACCCGGCUAGGCGUUCAUGGCAUCACGGUUGGAGAUAUUGUGCGAGUCGAGGAGAUAUCUUCGGGGAAAACAGCACGCUCUAAGAACGGGAAUGAUGAUGAGAAGGGCCAGAGAGGGCUGGAGGGAGUGGUCACUCGUGUCGGAGAGAGGGCCGUCUGGGCUGCUUUUGGAGAUCGGGGGAAGCCUGGGAAACAGGACGAUGAUGGCGUGGAUGACCUUUGGGGCCGUAAGCUUUGGCUCGUCAAGUUGGCAAACGACGUCACGUAUAGACGGAUGAACCAGACGAUGGUGAAGCUGGAAAAACUGGAAGAGUCGGAGCAUUCAACCCUGAUGCGAGUGCUCUUUGGCCAUACGACGCCUUCACCCCUGGACUUUGAGUCUGUUGGGCCUCUGGAAUUUAUAGACCCAUCCCUCAACGACUCCCAGAAAGAAGCUAUACGCUUUGCUCUGGCAUCUAGGGAAAUAGCACUAAUCCAUGGCCCUCCCGGUACGGGAAAAACACAUACACUAAUCGAAUUAAUCCGUCAGUUAAUCCAACGCAAGAAAAGGGUUUUAGUCUGUGGUCCAUCGAACAUCUCCGUCGACAACAUUGUCGAACGCCUUGCCUCGCAUAAGGUCCCUUUGGUUCGAAUUGGACAUCCGGCACGCCUACUAUCGUCUGUCGUGGACCAUUCAUUAGAAGUUCUAUCUCAAACCUCAGAGGCUGCCGCUAUCGUGAAAGACGUUAGGAAAGAGAUCGAUACGAAACAAGCCAGUAUCCGAAAGACUAGGAAUGGAAGAGAACGACGAGCUAUAUAUGGCGAUCUGAAGGAACUUCGGAAAGAGUUCAGACAGCGUGAGGCUAAAUGCGUUGACAGCAUUGUCUCUGGUAGCCAGGUGGUUCUUGGAACACUCCAUGGAGCUGGCGGACAUCAGCUAAAGAAUCAGAAAUUCGACGUUGUACUCAUCGACGAAGCCAGUCAGGCUCGCGAAGCGCAGUGUUGGAUCCCGUUACUCCCUGCGUCCAAAGUGAUACUUGCUGGAGAUCACUUGCAGCUUCCUCCAACUAUAAUAUCAAAAUCUUCGGCCACAGCGAAGCCCGAUACCCCUCCCUUAUGGGACUGGGGUGAUAAAGACGACUUCAAUGAUUUACCCGGCUUCUCGAAGCUGUCUAAUAAACACGACGUACGUAACUUGGAGAUAACGCUAUUCGACCGACUACUCUCCCUUCAUGGUACUGGCAUAAAGCGGAUGUUGACCACCCAAUACCGCAUGCACGAAAAGAUUAUGGGCUUCCCUUCUCAUGAGCUGUAUGAAUCUAAGCUGAUAGCUGCCGAUGCCGUCAAAUCAAGACUCUUGAAAGACUUACCGUAUGAAAUCGAGGAUACCGAAGAUACUAGAGAGCCGCUUAUAUUUCAUGAUACCCAGGGUGGAGAUUUUCCUGAAAAAUCCCCAGAUUCUACAGGCAUACUGGCGAAAGCGAUGCUCGUUGAGAGUAAAUGUAACGAUAUGGAAGCAGCGGUUGUUGCAAGACAUGUUGAAACGCUAGUAUCUGCGGGUGUUAGACCGGAUGACAUCGCAGUCAUCACGCCUUACAACGCCCAAGUUGCAUUAUUAUCUCAGCUCCUAAAGGAGAAGUUUCCUACCCUUGAGCUAGGAAGUGUGGAUGGAUUUCAAGGCCGAGAGAAAGAAGCUGUCGUCGUUAGCCUGGUCAGGAGUAAUCCAGAUCACGAGGUUGGCUUCCUCGGAGAGAAAAGGCGACUUAAUGUUGCCAUGACUCGCCCGAGACGACACUUGUGUAUCUGUGGAGACUCAGAGACCGUCAGCAGCGGAUCUUCAUUCCUCAAGAGAUGGAUGGCAUUUUUAGAAGAAAAUGCCGAUCUUAGAUACCCGGACCUCAGCGAAUUCACGAAUUAG